UCCAGCCCUGCAGGCGGGCAGAGCCAGGGGCGAGCUUGGCCGUGCCCUGCAGGCGUGGGGGUAUAGAGGCCUGGCCUGGGCCCGGCUGGCGGCCGAGCAGAUGGCGAAUGGGGAGCUGGACGAGGAGAGCCUGCAGGAGCUCUACAGCUGGGUGGAUGCCAUCCCCCUGUCCCGCCCCAAGAAGAACAUCAGCCGGGACUUCAGCGACGGAGUUCUAGCAGCCGAAGUGGUGAAAUUUUACUUUCCCAAAAUGGUGGAAAUGCACAGUUAUGUCCCAGCUAAUUCAACGCAACAGAAACUCUCCAACUGGGGCCAUCUCAACAGGAAGGUGCUGAACAAGCUGAAUUUCUCCAUCCCGGAAGAGAUGAUCCGGAAGAUCGUACAGUGUACGCCCGGCGUGGUGGAGCUGAUGCUGCUCCCGCUGCGGCAGAAAAUCGCGGAGAAGCAGAAGCAGAACAAGGUGGCAUCUGGCACAUAUCAGGAGCUGGGCACACACUAUGCACUCCAUGAGAACGGCCAUAUGGAAACAGGCUAUUCGUCGAAGCCAAAGACCAGUGCCGCAGGGGUCUACGUGCAGCAGUCCCCACGAGCGGAAAGGAUGAACAAGGGCCAGCAAGGCUAUGCCCAGGAACCGCCGGGAGACGCCAGCUUUCGCAUUCAGUUAGCGGAGAGGGAGCAGGCUCUGCUGGCUUGUCAAGAGACGGUCCAGAUCCUGCAGAUGAAGGUGCGGCGGCUGGAACACCUGCUCCACCUGAAGAACGUUCGGAUUGAUGACCUCACAAGGCGCCUACAGCAAGUGGAGCAGAAUGAGAAAUAAGGCGGGGCUCGGUUUGCCUCCGCACCCUUCCCUGUGACUCUCACACCCUCAGAACCUCUCCCAGGCACAUCUGUAAGAGCCGCUGUUCCUGUGCCUCUCCCACUGCUAGUGACUCCUCCUGGGCUUGGAGAGACUGAGCCAUCCCAAGCAGGACUGGUAGAGUCUGGAUUUGAAUAAUGACCGAUGGCUCCCUGUUACCUACAAUCCAAGGGCAAAACUGAGGAAAAAAUAAGGCCUAGAGUUGAAGAGUGAAAAAUGCACAUGCACAAGCACAGGUGCCAAAUGCACAUCUAGAAGUUCACCUGCAAUUGUGCAUGAGGGUGCUGUAAUUGUGUAAGUGCACUGGUGAUUGUGCAUGCAUUUGUUAGUCACGUUUAUGCAUCUGCAGUCAAUCGGCUUUGCAUUCAUUGCAAUUGUGGACCUGGACCUGCAGUUGUGCAUGCACUUAUACAUUUGCAAGAAAUGCUAGUGCAAAUGUGCACUCACAAAUGUGCCUGAAGGUGAUCAGGCUGAGGCAGUAUUUUGAGUGCCAGGUUUUCUAUCUAUAACCAAAUCCAGCGACUUUCAUUCAGAAUAUUGAUGACUCUGCUUUCCACGCUUUAUACCAGGCCACCCCUUUGCUUGUUAAUUGUUUUAAAGAGCCCCAACCCCCCCCUUUUGUUCCAGCUGGUGGCUCUUGGGUGACAGCUGAUUGGAGAUGCCUGGGGGAGGAAUGGAUCAUUCCCAAGGAUGCUUUUCUAUAGGUGCAAUCCUGGAGCCCUCACUCAGGGACAACUCCCACUGCAGGCUGAGGAUCUGUCUACGCAGCAAAAGCUGGGCACAGGGCAGCCUACCUGAGCCAGGGUGAAUCCAGCUAGCGCAGGUAACGUAGCCAUGAAGCCAACGCAGCACAGGCUACUGAGCAGAAUGCAUGGCCAGGCUCCAGGCCAGGCGCACUAUCCAUGCUGACGCCCCGCCCCCUGUUCUGUCUUCACUGUUUACCCACGUUAGCCAGCUCGGGUAAGCUAGCCCAUUCCAGCUGGUGCUGUGUAGACACACCCUGAGUAAGGCCCUCUGGGAUCAGGCCUUGUGGAGAUCAGUCACCUCCACCCAUUGAUCAGUUUACUCUUGGCUCCAUUUGGAUACAAGCAUGAAAAGACCCUCAACUCCUGGCUCUCUGCUCCUAACAGUUUGGGGUUCUGCAGCCGGGGGUGGGGUUCAAAGGCUGGCUGACUAGAAAGGAGCCAUCUCUGCCAUGGUCCAAGGGCUGAUAAUAGCAACUCUGACCCACAGCAGGGCUGACCCGUCACAGUCGCAGCCCCAGAGAAGCCCCCUGCUAGGGAGAUGCUGGCGGCUGCUCUCAGACCCGAAAGCUACAAACUCAGGGCCAGCCCCUCACCUGCUGUAAACGGGAGUAGCUGUACUGAGGUCCCGGCUGGUGUAAACGGGAGUAGCUGUACUGAGGUCAAUGGGCCAGGUCCUGCCUGGUGUAAACGGGAGUAGCUGUACUGAGGUCAAUGGGCCAGGUCCUGCUUGGUGUAAACGGGAGUAGCUGUACUGAGGUCAAUGGGCCAGGCCCCGGCUGGUGUAAACGGGAGUAGCUGUACUGAGGUCAAUGGGCCAGGUCCUGCUUGGUGUAAACGGGAGUAGCUGUACUGAGGUCAAUGGGCCAGGUCCUGCUUGGUGUAAACGGGAGUAGCUGUACUGAGGUCAAUGGGCCAGGCCCCCGCUGGUGUAAACGGGAGUAGCUGUACUGAGGUCAAUGGGCCAGGCCCUGCCUGGUGUAAACGGGAGUAGCUGUACUGAGGUCAAUGGGCCAGGCCCCUGGAUGGUGUAAACGGGAGUAGCUGUACUGAGGUCAAUGGGCCAGGUCCUGCCUGGUGUAAACGGGAGUAGCUGUACUGAGGUCAAUGGGCCAGGCCCUGCCUGGUGUAAACGGGAGUAGCUGUACUGAGGUCAAUGGGCCAGGUCCUGCUUGGUGUAAACGGGAGUAGCUGUACUGAGGUCAAUGGGCCAGGUCCUGCCUGGUGUAAACGGGAGUAGCUGUACUGAGGUCAAUGGGCCAGGUCCUGCUUCGUGUAAACGGGAGUAGCUGUACUGAGGUCAAUGGGCCAGGCCCCCGCUGGUGUAGACGGGAGUAGCUGUACUGAGGUCAAUGGGCCAGGUCCUGCCUGGUGUAAACGGGAGUAGCUGUACUGAGGUCAAUGGGCCAGGCCCCGGCUGGUGUAAACGGGAGUAGCUGUACUGAGGUCAAUGGGCCAGGUCCUGCUUCGUGUAAACGGGAGUAGCUGUACUGAGGUCAAUGGGCCAGGUCCUGCCUGGUGUAAACGGGAGUAGCUGUACUGAGGUCAAUGGGCCAGGUCCUGCUUCGUGUAAAUGGGAGUAGCUGUACUGAGGUCAAUGGGCCAGGUCCUGCCUGGUGUAAACGGGAGUAGCUGUACUGAGGUCAAUGGGCCAGGCCCCUGGAUGGUGUAAACGGGAGUAGCUGUACUGAGGUCAAUGGGCCAGGUCCUGCCUGGUGUAAACGGGAGUAGCUGUACUGAGGUCAAUGGGCCAGGCCCUGCCUGGUGUAAACGGGAGUAGCUGUACUGAGGUCAAUGGGCCAGGUCCUGCUUGGUGUAAACGGGAGUAGCUGUACUGAGGUCAAUGGGCCAGGUCCUGCCUGGUGUAAACGGGAGUAGCUGUACUGAGGUCAAUGGGCCAGGUCCUGCUUCGUGUAAAUGGGAGUAGCUGUACUGAGGUCAAUGGGCCAGGUCCUGCCUGGUGUAAACGGGAGUAGCUGUACUGAGGUCAAUGGGCCAGGCCCCGGCUGGUGUAAACGGGAGUAGCUGUACUGAGGUCAAUGGGCCAGGCCCCGGCUGGUGUAAACGGGAGUAGCUGUACUGAGGUCAAUGGGCCAGGUCCUGCUUGGUGUAAACGGGAGUAGUUGUACUGAGGUCAAUGGGCCAGGUCCCAGCUGAUGUAAAUGGGAGUAGCUGUACUGAGGUCAAUGGGCCAGGUCCCAGCUGAUGUAAAUGGGAGUAGGUGUCCUGAGGUCAAUGGGCCAGGUCCCAGCUGGUGUAAAUGGGAGUAGGUGUACUGAGGUCAAUGGGCCAGGUCCCAGCUGGUGUAAAUGGGAGUGGGUGUACUGAGGUCAAUGGGCCAGGUCCCAGCUGAUGUAAAUGGGAGUAGGUGUUCUGAGGUCAAUGGGCCAGGUCCCAGCUGGUGUAAAUGGGAGUAGGUGUACUGAGGUCAAUGGGCCAGGUCCCAGCUGAUGUAAAUGGGAGUAGGUGUUCUGAGGUCAAUGGGCCAGGUCCCAGCUGGUGUAAAUGGGAGUAGCUGUACUGAGGUCAAUGGGCCAGGUCCUGCUUCGUGUAAACGGGAGUAGCUGUACUGAGGUCAAUGGGCCAGGCCCUGCCUGGUGUAAACGGGAGUAGCUGUACUGAGGUCAAUGGGCCAGGUCCUGCUUCGUGUAAACGGGAGUAGCUGUACUGAGGUCAGUGGGCCAGGCCCCGGCUGGUGUAAACGGGAGUAGUUGUACUGAGGUCAGUGGGCCAGGUCCUGCCUGGUGUAAACGGGAGUAGCUGUACUGAGGUCAAUGGGCCAGGCCCCGGCUGGUGUAAACAGGAGUAGUUGUACUGAGGUCAGUGGGCCAGGUCCUGCCUGGUGUAAACGGGAGUAGCUGUACUGAGGUCAAUGGGCCAGGUCCCAGCGGAUGUAAAUGGGAGUAGGUGUUCUGAGGUCAAUGGGCCAGGUCCCGACUGGGGUAAACGGGAGUAGCUGUACCGAGGUCAAUGGGCCAGGUCCUGGUUGGUGUAAACAGGAGUAGCUGUACUGAAGUCAGUGAAGCGAUGCUGACUUGCAUCAGUGGGGAAUCUGGCCCAUAAACGCUUUUCUAGCCAGGGAUGGGACUGAGCUGCUGAAGCUGGCCCUGCAUUCUGAACACGUCAGAGCUGGAGGGUGUUUGGCUAAAGAGCUGCACUUUGGCCCAAAGGGAGCCUGCAUGUGGGUUCAGACUGACGCCUCCUGAAAUUCUGAGGUGUGUGGAUCAGAGGCUGGGUUCAGGCCUUGCUCUGCUAUCUUCUCUACAGUCAGUGACCUAGCUGCACUAUCGCUUGGCACAACACACUUGCCUUCAGCUUCCUUCGGUCCCGGAGACUUGCCAAAUUCCCACACAUGCCCCAGUGGUCUCUGGGCAGUUAGUCCUGGUUUGCAGCAGGGUCAGGGAGAGCAGAGUCUGGCCCCAUGUUUCUCCGAGGCGGCUUGGGGCCGAUGCAGCAGGAGCAGCGUAAGGAUGCCAUUAAGCAGCAGCUGAUGGGAACGCUCAGGUUAGGAACUAUUGUGCUCACUGGUAGGGCCUGAAAGUGGCUCCCAUCUGAUGAGCGCCCAGUGCCAGCAGGCCCUGAUCUGGCACCCACUGGUGUCAUUGGGACUCUUCCCACUGACAUCAAUGGACCUUCAGGAUCCCACUCCAGUUCUGAAUGGAGGGGGUCCAUCAGGGCCAGGGCAACCAGCAUUAACUGGGCUCCUCGUUGGCAGCCUCAGAGAGACCACGGACUGAUUGAGCCAAGAAGACUGACUUCCCCAGACAUCCGUUCUGGCUUGGAUAGUGCAGGGAAGUUUGCCCUGCCGUACCCUGAAGACCUGCUAGGGUCUUCAGCCCCCAGGGCUGUCAAGCUGACACUAAACUGAGCAAGGGAAGUAACUUUGCUGCUUUCCCGUAUAUUCCUGUGUGGCGAGGGGUGCAGGUCCCUUUGCCUUUGUAACUAGGAAUUCUUGAUCAGGAUCUUUGCCUCUCCGGAGUCCAUCUGCUCCUCCUGCACCCUCUCCUUGCAUCACUGUUCCUGACAGCACUGCAAGCCCAGGAGCGUGGAUGGCAACAGGAGCUGGAGUAAAAUCUCCUCUGAUCUUUAAUCUCUGCUCCAUCUUGUGCACCCUGCCAUAGCAGUCGAUACCUCUGCAUCAUGCAGGCUGAAAGAGCAGAAUGCCAAGCAAAGCAUGGGAGAGAAAAUAUAGGCCACAAAUUAUCCACUUUGCUGCUAGGCCUGCUGGUCACCUCCACCAAUAUCCAGGUAUCAGGUGCUUGGGUGCAAAACCCAUCUGGGUAUGUACUUCAUCAUCUGCCAAGGGAACCCACCCACUUAUCUAUCAUAUGGACCUCAUUAUGUACAAUAUGGACCUCAGUAGCAACCAUAUACAUACUGUAUCAUCUCAUGAUGUUCCAUUGCUAUUUCAAUGGAGCGUAGCAGACCAGAUGCUGGAGCCGAGGGGUUAGGUUGCCCUGGCUUGUAAAACAUGGCGCUCUAUGGUGGCUACACCUUCUUAGCUGAUCAGCACCCUUGUGCUAAUUUUCCAGACGGGGGCUGGCACUUUCUCAAUUGUUGAUGAUUUUUUAAUUGUUUUAUUUACCAAUCUCUGUUUAGAUGAUUGUGUUGCUGUUUGGUGUGGACUCUGCUGUCAGCAUAACCCAUGGGGUUAAUUGUAUAAGGGUUUCCUGUA